AUGGAGGGGAAAGCGGUUAUAACAUACUACGAGGGAUUCGAUGUGGUCUGUAGCCGGUGUAAAACAGAGCCAGCUACGGUAUGUGCUCGGUUGGACUCAUAUUGUACUCCAUGCUUUGUGAGGUUCAUACGGGGUAAGCAAAGAAAGCUGAUGAAGGGGGAGCAAUUCAAAGCUAAACAUGCAUCAAAACAGUCGCUGGGUGAGCCUCAGAAGGUGCUAUUGGCUUUUUCUGGAGGUGUAUCGUCCGUAGUACUCUUUGAUGUGUUGGCAUCAAACUUGGAGGAGCAAAUGGCGAAUAAAGGUACCAGGGGCCAACAGGGGUUCGAAUUAAUAGUGGUAAACUUGGAUGAAACAAUAGUAAAAAGUAUAGACAAGAAAGUCAGAUCAAUAAUCAAGGACUUGAUAAGCUUAUAUCCUACGGUAUCUAUCCAGUAUUUGAUUCUACCUUUGCAUGCCUUUGUUGCAGAUAAAUCAUCAUUAGCAAAGUUAUCAUUAACCUCCGAGUUUGGUGUAAAACUGCAAGACAUAGACACAGCAGCAGCAGCAGCAACAACAUUUGAAUCCUUAUUACUGACGGUAUCGAGUAAGUCCGCAGUGGAAGACCUUCUUGCAGUGGUUCAGUCCCAAUUACUAUUACAAACUGCGUAUCAAGAGAAAUGUCAGACGUUGGUUAUGGGCCACAACACAACUCGUUUGGCCAACGAAAUCAUAAGUCUCACGGUUAAGGGAAGAGGGGGGAUUAUCCACAAAGAUAUCGCCGAUCACAAAGAACAUUUCAAGGACACCCAGAUUGAGAUUCUUUAUCCUUUAAGAGGUGUGUUGCAAGCAGAAAUAGAUGCCUAUGCUAAGUUAACCGGCUUAGAUGUCCAUGUUGCCAAGUAUACGGAGAUAAAGUCAAGAGUCAAUAAGAACUUGACUGUCAAUGAUUUAUCUACUCAAUACUUUCGGACUUUAGAUCUGCUUGGAUAUGGUAACACUGCUAGUACCGUUCUCAAGUCCGGAGAAAAACUAGGUGAGCCAAGGGGAACGGCGAUAUCUCAUUGUAGAAUGUGUGGGGAGGACAUUAGACUGCCUCCAAGAACUUGGUUGAAUAACAUUACCACCAACGAAGGCGUGCCACUAGAGACAGAAGAAGAACUUAGGAAUCUAGAAGCAUUCAAUCGGGAAUAUCCAUCAAUCUCAAACGGUGUUCAAGAUAAUUCUGCUGCGGCUGGGGUUGGGGUUGUAGACGUAUGUUACGGAUGCACGCUUUCCUUACAAGCGGCCAAGCCAACACUUGUAUGGCCAGUCAGACACAAUGAGAAGGACAUAAUCAAUGAGUACGUUUUAACUGAUAACGAGGAAGACGAAGUUUAA